AUGGGUGUCCUGAUCACCAUCCGCUCCGACUCUAGCUACUGUACGUAUGUUACCGACCAAUAUCCUAAAGCCCUUUUCGAGAAGGCCAUGCGCUAUCUAGGGUCUAUGAGAGAUAACUGUAUACUAGAGCAGCAGGAGACUCUCAUUAGGGAUCUCUAUGAGUCUAUUAUCUAUGCAAUCUUUAGUAGCAAUAAGAUUAAGAAAGCCAGACUCGGUCUUGAUGUUAUAUAUUAUCUGUGUUAUAAAAUACUGCGCAGUGAACUGGUUCCCGACAUUAAUAAGCGCGAUCUGGAGUACGAAUCGAAAGUCCUUGAGCCACUGUAA